GGCGGCCCGCGACGCCCGUGACCAGAGCGCGUCGUCGGGCGACGAGACCGAGCCCGGGCCUGGCAAGGAGAACGCGGGCCUGCCCCGCGCGCCCCCGCCCCGCGCCGCCGCCGUGCGCCCCCCGCGCCGCCGCCGCCGCGAGUCCAGCUCGCAGGAGGAGGAGGUCAUCGACGGCUUCGCCAUCGCCAGCUUCAGCACGCUGGAGGCCUUGGAGAAGGACAUGGCCCUGAAGCCACACGAGCGGAAGGAGAAAUGGGAGCGUCGCCUUGCCAAGAAGCCCCGUGAGUCAGAAAACUGCCCGUCUGCAGAACCAAGCGAGAACGGGCGGCCCCUGGAGAUGGGCAGCCCUGAGCAGGACCUGGAGCCUGCCUGCGACCGGGGGAAGAAGAAGGUCCCCCUGCAGCCCACCAAGCAGGUGUGCUCCCCAGAAGGGGGGCCGCUCCCAGCCAGCCACUGGGACCAGAACGGCCCGGCCCAGCUCCAGCGGCAGCUCCAGCCCAGCCAGCCCCAGGGGUCACCCCCAGCCCCGUGUCAGCGCUGCCAGCCCCGUCGGGCUCUCCCGGACCCCGGGCAGCCCUGCCGGCCCCAGCCGCCAGUCCCGGGUCAGCGCAGCUGGCCCCAGCGGUCACUUCUGGGCCCGAGACAGCCCUGCCGGCCCCGGCGGUCACUUCUGGGCCCGGGUCAGCCCUGCCGGCCCCAGCGGCUGCUUCCAGCCCCAGAUGAGCACUGCCGGCCCCAGCGGUCACUCCUGGCUCAGCCCUGCCGGCCGCGCUGGGGGCUCCUAGGCCCCAGGCAACGCUGCCGGCCCCUGCGGUCCCUGCUGGCCCCGUGCCACCUCUGCCGGCCCCUGCGGUCCCUGCUGGCCCCGUGCCACCUCUGCCGGCCGCUGCGGUCCCUCCUGGCCCUCUGGCACCGCUGCCGGCCCCUGCGGUCAUGGGUGGCUCCCUGUCUCCGCGGCCAGCCCAGCCGGGCGUCCUCAGGACAGCGGGGCCGGCCCCUACAGUCACUCCUCCUGCUGCGUCCACGCCGCCGGCCCGCUGCCUCACUUGCGGGCCAGUGCUGCUGCCCCCGGCGGGUGCUCUUAGCCCCGUGCCAGCCCCGGAGGUCCCUCCUGGGCCAGCCCAGCCACCCCCAGGGGUCACUGCUGGGCCUCAGUCAGCCCCAGCAGUUAGUUGAGGCCCCAGAGCACCCUGGCCCCCCGAAACCUUCGCUGCUGGGCCCCGGACAGCCGUGCCAACAAAAGCGGCCACUCAUGGGCCCAGAACAGCCUCGUCCGCCCAAGCGGCCACUCCUGGGCCCAGAACAGCCCUGCCGACGAAAGCGGCCACUCCUGGGCCCAAAGCAGCCGUGCCAGCCCCUGCAGUCACUUCUGGGCCCCGGCCAGCCCUGCAAACCCCAGCCUUUACUCCCCAUCCCUGAGCGCCCGUCACUCCUGGGCCGGCCUGCUCCGCCCCGCCGGCCCCUCCUGGGGCCCCUGAGCCAGCCGCGGCGCUCCCUGCUGGACCUGGUGCGGGCCCAUCAGCCCCAGCUCUCACUCCUGGCAGCGGGCCGGCCCUGCAGGCCCCUGAGGUCACGACGGACUCGGUCCUCCACCCCUGCGGUGGCCCGCCAGGCCCCAUCCGUGAGCCCUGGAGCCUGAUGCCCGGUUUCUGUACCACCCUGGGUGUGGCUGUGCUGGGCACCUGUGUCGCCAAGACUGGCCAGAGGCCUUCGCCAGACAGGCCGGGCCGUUCGUGGUUGCAAACUGAGGUUUCAGCAGAGGCAGCCCCCUGCAGAGCCGCCACCGGGCUGAGGCCCACCUGCACCAGGAGGAGGGGAGAGGACCCCCAGCAUCUUCCCCCCCCCCCCCCCCCCCCCCGCCACACCCGCCCCCAUCGUGCCCGCUACCCUGUGAUGUACACGCCCCUAAGAGAGCGAACACGGCUGCCCCCGAGGGCUCAGGCUUCUCGCAGGGGGUCUCGGUGCCUCUGUGCCUCCGAAGUGCCCACGUGUCCUUGUGUCGGAGUCUUUGUGCACACCCGCCCCAGGUGUGUGCUGCCCCUCAAGUGUUUGUGUGCAGCGUGUGCGUGCAUGUACGUGGUGUGUGUGCAUACGUGCCGUGGGGCUUGCCAGCUGCAGGCCUGGCGCUCCUUGGGCCCCAACCCAGCCGGCCAGCGCGCAUCCCCCACCCCUAGGCCAGAAGCGGGCUCCGCUGGGGCCUGGCCACAGGUCCCACUCGCCUCCCCUCUAGCCCAGGGUGGGGAUGUGUGUCCACCUCCCGGGUUCUGUGAAUGCAGGGAGGGGACGGACGCAAGGGCGCUCAGGCUGUCUGUGGCCACUUAGGAACUGGUGGUGACAAGGAGGGCCCCCCCCCCCCACCCCGCCUCCACUGAAGGAGGCCAAGCACUGAAGCAGAGGCAGAGUGUCCCAUCCCCCCAGCUCUGGACCAGGAGGGCCCCGGGCUGUUCUCGGAGCGCCUCCUCCCGGCCUCCCACUCAGCCUGUGCAGCCGUCAGCUGCCAGCCCCCCAGGGUCUUCCCUCUUGGGACAGACCUCACACUACAGGGCUUUGCCUGCCCUCCGCCCACCCCACACCUGUGCUCAGGGGUCGCCCGUUCCUCACCCCAGACCCCUGGCUCGGGGCAGUCCCACACUGGUGCUCCCGGAGUCCUGGGCGUGAGGCGAGGGCUCAGCUCUGACUCUCCGGGAUUUGAGGGUCUCUGGGAGAGGGGACCGCAGCCCUCUCUGGAGAGCAUCAGCCCCCUGAGGGUGGCCCGGCUGUGCUCCCGCCAGCCUUCUGUGCGCCCAGUCUCACGGGGCUGCGACGGCCACUCGCGUGCUGAUCCUGUUUGCGAAGGCCUCGGAGGUGCCCCACCCCACCCCUCUUGCCCUUUGGGGUCCUGGCUGGCUGGGUGUGGGGUCCGCCCAGAGCAGGGCCCUCAGGCAUCUGGUCCUCACCCAGGUCUCCCUCCCAGAAACGCGGGGCUUAUUUUUCUGAUUAAAGAAAAUAAAAAGUGCCGUGCCAUUAUUUUUAUAACAGCAUCAGUGAGUGUGUGUCAUACGUGAACUGACUUAUUCCCACAAGUGGUUUUCUGCACAUCUGGACUUGCCUCCCUUUACUGUACACCUGCUGAGCACCAGGAGAGCAGCCCGGGGAGGGGCUGCCCGGGGAGGGGUGCAGGGCCUGGACACGGCUCGCCAUGCUGUGUGAUGUGUGUUUGGGGGGUGUGGGGAGCCGCACUCGCCUUAAUUGCCGUCCAGGCCUCCGUGGCCGGCCCGGCCCUCACACCAUUUCGUGUUCCUCGGAGUCCCUGCUCUAGAAGGGGUCUCUCUCUGGGGGCUGCAGAAGGGGCCUCGGAGGCUUGUCGUGGACUGUACCGCCCCUCCCUCGCCCCGCCCCGGAGCCCUGCUGACCUGAGGGCCGCAGUGCUGGAAUCUUCCCUGUUGGUUCUGUGCAGGCUCGUGGGUGGGGUCAGGCAGGUGUGAACCAUGCCGCCGCCACCUUCUAGGCCUUUCCGCUCUGGGAGUGUUGGCCCUGGCACUUGAGUGCCUAUGUGGGGGAAACGGUGCUGGUCCACAGGAGAGGAUAGGCGACCGCAGCCCCCCUAGGCUGGGCCCACUUCUUCCCCUCUGGAGCGACGCCGCCAUGGGUGACCCACGGCGCCCUCGGACCCCUGCUCUUCCUUGCCUGAGGACAUGCUGAGGAAGCAGCUCUUGUCCCAUGAGAACCCAGAGGGGCCCCCGCAAGGCCCUAAGGGACCCCACCCCACACCGUGGCCGCAGCCGGCUUUGGGUUCAAAGUGACGGGUCCCCGAGGGGAGUGCACUCUGGGGAGACGACCACGUGCUGGGGGGGAGGGGCUGCACCACGUGGGCUGUGUCCUGGGGCGGGGGGGCUGUUGGCGCCCUCGUCGCCCUGAGGAAAUGAGGGUCCUGUGUGGCCACACCUUGGACGUGUCUGGCAGCUGGUAAUCUGGGUCUUUCUGUGGGUUUGGAGAUCGUGAACUGGCAGCUCAUUCUAAUGUUACGAAUCACUCGUUGGCCAAAGGACACACCUGCACGGGCCCCUGCGUGGCCUGGGGUAGAGAGAGGCUUGGGCUCCAGCGGAAUGUGGCCCCAGGGCCAGAAGUGUGGCCCGCCCUGUUGUGGGGAGAGUGGGGCAGCUUUGCCUGGCGUUUGGGGGGUGGAACGAGUCCUCGGGUGCCGUGGGUCCCAGGGGACCCCUCGGAUGGGGACCGGAGCUGGGCGCCGUGCUUCGCGGGGGUCUUCCUCCAAGCCCCGCAGCCCGCCUCUUGCAAGCCCGCACCUCCCCGUCAGCCCCAGCGGAUGGGGCCCUGGGGAGGAGACCAUGCCCCAUCCCCGCUGUGCCCCGAGGAGCAAGGGCAGCGGUGGUGGGGCUGGGGUGGUGGUUCGCAGGGAGGGGAGGGCCCUCCUGAGCACGGGGACCCCCUGGUGGGCCUCAUCCAGCGCUUGCCCGGGCCGCCCCGGUCCAGGGCCCCCUGGAAGAGCUCGUCUGCCCCACGCGCACAUCUGUGCGUGUGUGUGUGUGUGUGUCCGUCCGUGUCCCCGUCUGAGUGUGGCGGGGCUCUCCGAGCAGGCUCCCAGCUCAGGUGGAUGCCCGAGCCCUCCCGACACGUCCUGCCCCGUCACGCAGACGCCCAGGGAGGAGGAGCCCUGGGCCGGCCCGCCGCUCGAUGAGUGAGGAUUGCGCCAGCACCUCCAUUACCAGGCGCUGCUCCGGGCCCUGAAGAGGCGUCCGUCCGACGCAGACCAGCCCUGCCCCCUGGAGCUCAGAUCUAGCCGGGCGGCCUGUGGCUCGGUCACUCUCUGGGUUAGAAGGGGCCGGCGUGCAUCCAGGCUGCCCCUGCCCCGGCCUGAGGCUGUGGGGACCACCACCCAUCCGGGCAGCUUGCCGAACCCAGGGAGCUUGAGGAAGGUGGCUUGAGGAAGGUGGCGUCCGUGUCCCGCCGCCCACUUGGCCUGGGGGGAUUCGGCAAGAAGCCUGCCCCAGGCCUGGGUUGGGGCCCCCACACUUGAGGGGGCCCCGGGCCUUGUUCAAAGGCAAGUCUGGUCCUGCGGGUGGAGCCUGCCGGCAGCGUUGCGUGACGGGGUCCUGGCCGGAGCAUGCAGCCGUGAACACUCUGGUGGCCACGUCAAAAUUCGAGAAGGGACAAAAUCCAUCUGAAUAACGUAUUUUAACUUGGUGUGUUCUCAGUGGUAUCUUUUCAACGUGCAAUCAACGAAACUAUCAGCGGGAUGUUUCUCUCUCUCUGUAGCAAGUCUCCGGAAGGGGGUGUGGGUCUUGCCGGUAUAGACCUCCGUGGGUCAGACGGGUGCGUUCACACGCUCCGUAACCGUGCGGCUUCCGGCCUGGGGGGAGUGGAGGGCGGCAUGGCCUGGGAGGGUCCCCAGGGACCUGUCUCCCUGAGUCUCUCUCCUCACCCUCGUGACUCUUGCUGGAUUGCUCACGCUCAGCCAGCCCAUGGUUUGAAUCCCCGGCCCUGGGCCGCAAGGCUGAGCGCGGCAGCCCAGAGCCUCCCCGCGAGCUCUGAACCUCCCCCCGUCCCAGGGGUGAGCUGGCGUCUGCGCGAGAGCCGUCUUGUGCCGCUCACCCCCACCCAAGGCCGGUCCUUGCUUCUACCUUCCGAAUGUCCGUCGAUGAGAUUUCAUUAGAAGGGGCGCCUGGGUGGCUCGGUCGGUUAAGCGUCCGACUUCGGCUCAGGUCACGAUCUCACGGUCCGUGGGUUCGAGCCCCGCGUCGGGCUCUGUGCUGACAGCUCAGAGCCUGGAGCCUGUCUCAGAUUCUGUGUCUCCCUCUCUCUCUGCCCCUCCCCCGUUCAUGCUCUGUCUCUCUCUGUCUCAAAAAUAAAUAAAUGUUAAAAAAAAAAAGGAAAGAAUUCAAAGCGAACGGCUGUCAGGACGCAUCAUCAGCCGGGGAGCGUGCACUAAGCGGUGUCGGAGCGACCCGGUGCUUGUGCUGGAGGACGAGAUGGGCCCGAGACCGGUGGCCACGAGGAGCUGGAGAGGGUGGGUGUGAGGAGGGGAGUGACGCAGCGAACAACAGAGAGAAUGACCAGGCCGCAAGCACCACCGAAGUGACCCCGAUCUGGACUGACGAGGAAUGAAGAACCCCAGACUCAUCCAGGAUCGGGCCUGAGACAGGAGACCCCGACACGCCAGGGACGCGCAGGGACCGCUCAUCCUAGGGAGUCGUCAGCAGGGGGGAGGUGCGUGCUUCCCGAAACGUACGGCUUCCCCAGCGGACCCACGGCGAAGCCGACGAGCUGAACGGUCUCGUGUCCGUAACACGGGUGUCACCGCACCCCGCCCGCCACCACGGUCCCUGGGCACCUGACAGAAGCUGGCCUCCCCGCCGUCCAGGCCCAACACCGCUGACCCGCUGACGUAGCUGGCCACACCUAGGAGGUAGCGGGCGUUGCUCUCCCCGCGUCUCAGACGAAUAUGCUGAGGCCAGACCCCAGAAGCAGCAGCUAACGCGCCCAGGACGAACAGGACAGCAGGCAGCCGGGGUUGGAGCCCAGGCAACUCCCUCCCUGGAGUCUGUGUCCUUGACCUUGACCCUCCUCUGCAAGACCGUGGCGGUGGCACCUGCUGGCUUCCCGGGCUCCUGUCGCCCUGCCGUCUGCAGCCCAUCUGAGCAUGUCCUUCCCCUGCCGAGAGUGUUCUGGAAGGUUCCCUCUACUCCUGGUGACCUGAGUCACCCUCCUCCCCCGACUUGCCUAGUUUCUGACUGACUGCCGUCCACAUUCAGCUCAUGCACUGUCCACCCUCCGAGCCCUCCCUGCCGCUCCAGGCCCCUCCAGGCCCCUCGUGCCCUGUGCACCUGUCCUCGGCUCACAGCCAGGCCCCGUGACCCUGAGCCUGGCAGAGGCAGGCGCUCAGGGAGGCGGGUUCUGGAUGCCCCACAUUGGCUGUCUUUGCUGUUCCCCAUGUCCGUGUCACGUCAGUACUGCAUGCCAGGGGACUGGAGUCCUGGCGGGGGCCUCCUUGGCACUCUGGGCAGCUGACUCCACCCCUCGGUGCCUGGGUCUCCUCGCCCGUGCGGUGGGGUAAGGACACUGCUUCCUCAGGGUGGUCGGGAGCGGAGCCUUAAUUCAGUGAAGUCUCAGAGCAGCGCCGGGUCCCGAGCCGAUGGGAAUGGCUGAUUCCUACUCGGGGAAAUAGUUCCCACCCGACUCAUUCUCACAGCUGG